GAGCCAAUGCCAACUUUAUGUGAGCAAUCACUGUCAGACUUAAGCCUAGCAACAACAUCCACAGCGCCUACGACGCUGGCACCUACCAAUGUCCCAUCAGUUGCACUGGCUCCAGACGUUGAAACAACACCACCAUCACUACCAUUACUUAGGCGUUCCAGAGAGCGUCCAAGGGAGGACCCUUUGCAGACAGUGCAGCGCCAGCCCAAAAAGGCAUGUCCAUUUCCAUUUGCCAAACCAGCCUUCAAGAGAUGUGAUCCGCUCGACGCACUGCUAUCUAUGCAAUACGCUUCCGAGUGUCAGGGCCAGGGUCGUCCAAGUGUAGAG